AUGUCCGACCCAGUUGUACUGCAAUCCGCAGUGCGCGUGCCGACGCCCCCUCCCGGGGCGUUCUCACCAACUGGUGCUCGCAAACGGUCGCCUCCCUCACGAUCGCCCUCUCCCAAUCGCCGUCGCUCUCCACCUGCCAAUUCUCAUCACGACGAUGCCGAAGUUCCUCGUAUGGAUGAGCAACGCGCGAUGGAGCGGGAGCGCCAGCUCGCGGAACGCGUUAGAGAACAUGAGAAGCUGGAGGCUGCUCGCAAGCCUAUGACGGAGGAGGAGAAACAGGCGGCGGCCAAGGCCGAAUACGACAAAUUGUUGAACAUGCGCUCAGGUGGCACCUAUAUUCCUCCCGCUCGACUUCGUGCUCUCCAAGCUCAAAUCACCGAUAAGACGAGCAAGGAGUACCAACGGAUGGCCUGGGAAGCAUUGAAGAAGUCCAUCAACGGUUUGAUCAACAAGGUCAAUGUCUCGAACAUCAAAUACAUCGUCCCGGAGCUCUUUGGUGAGAACCUGGUGCGAGGCCGCGGCCUCUUUUGUCGAUCAAUCAUGAAAGCUCAAGCGGCCAGCUUACCGUUUACACCCAUCUACGCGGCGAUGACUGCCAUCGUGAACACCAAACUACCGCAGGUGGGCGAAUUGCUGGUGUCUCGAUUAAUUGUGCAGUUCCGCAAAGCUUUCAAGCGAAAUGACAAGGCCGUGUGCAUUUCGUCUACGACCUUCAUUGCUCACCUUGUCAACUUCCAAGUCGCCAACGAGAUGCUGGUUGCGCAAAUCUUGCUCUUACUGCUUCACAAACCCACCGAUGACAGUGUGGAAAUUGCAGUUGGUCUGACGCGGGAAGUCGGUCAGCACUUGGAGGAGAUGAAUCCGCAGAUUGCAAAUGCUGUGUUUGACCAGUUCCGCAAUAUCCUUCACGAAGCCGAUAUUGACAAGCGUGUGCAAUACAUGAUUGAGGUGUUGUUCCAGGUGCGCAAGGAUCGGUACAAGGACAACCCCGCGAUCAAGGAAGAGCUGGAUCUGGUGGAGGAAGAAGACCAGAUUACUCAUCAAAUCGGAUUGGAUGAUGAGGUCCAGACCCUUGAUACGCUCAACAUCUUCAAAUUCGACGCGGAGUGGGAGCAGAACGAGGAGAAAUACAAAAAGCUGAAGGGGGAAAUCCUCGGAGAAGACAGUGAUGAUGAUGAAGAUGACGAUGACGAAGACGACAGUGGCGAUGACGAGUCGGACGCGGAGGAGCAGAAGAUGGACAUCAAGGAUCAGACCAACACUGACCUGGUCAACCUGCGCCGAACGAUAUAUCUGACGAUCAUGUCGAGCAUCGAUUUCGAAGAAUGUUGCCACAAGCUGAUGAAGAUCAAUCUGCCAGCUGGCAUGGAGCCUGAGCUGCCUUCGAUGAUUAUCGAAUGUUGCUCCCAGGAGCGCACAUAUUCCAAGUUCUAUGGGUUGAUCGGAGAACGGUUUGCGAAAAUCAAUCGCCUCUGGUCCGACUUAUUUGAGGCUGCAUUUGCCAAAUAUUACGACACCAUCCAUCGAUACGAAACGAAUCGUCUGCGAAACAUUGCGCGAUUCUUUGGACACAUGCUGAGUAACGACGCCCUUGGCUGGCAUGUGCUCUCCGUGAUCCACAUGAAUGAAGAGGAAACAACCUCCAGCAGCCGUAUUUUCAUCAAGAUUCUCUUCCAGGACCUCGCCGAGAACCUGGGUCUGCCUGGCCUCCAGGCCCGUUUCAGAGAUGAGAUUCUCCAGCCCAGUUUCGAGGGACUGUUCCCGACGGAGAACCCACGCCACACUCGGUUCUCCAUCAACUACUUUACCAGUAUCGGUAUGGGUUUUUUGACCGAAGACAUGCGCGAGCACCUCAAAAACAUCCCGCGACCCACUGUGCCCGCGCUGCCCGCCCGUGGCUCCCGAUCGCCCUCAGAUCGAUCAUACUCGAGAUCCUCCUCUUACACUCGGUCAUCCCGUUCACGCUCUCGGUCCUAUACUCGCUCUCGUUCCCGAUCAUAUUCCUCUUCCCGCUCCCGAUCUCGCUCCUACACUCGCUCCCCCUCGCGUGACCGGGGCCGCUCCCAUUCUCGUUCCAUUACUCCAUCCUCCAGGGGCCGAAGCUAUACACCUUCGCGCUCGCGCUCUCGUUCACGCUCUCCUGUGCGCCGGAUACAACGAGGCGCAUCCCAUAGUCGAUCCAGGUCAAGAAGUUUCUCUCGCACUCCGCCACGUCGCAGCCGCGCUCGCUCCUACUCACGAAGCGUGAGUCGCAGUCCGGCCCGUCGUUCCCUCUCACGGUCCGUCUCACGGUCGGUUUCCCCUCCGCGUCGGGCCCCAGCAGUGACCAGUCGACGGGGUCGCAGCUACUCGCGGUCCCCUUCUCGGUCAUUAACGCCUCCUCGACGUGAGGGUGCAGCCAGGAGCACGCGGCGACCAUCUUACUCGGCGUCACCUCCACCGCGUCGUGGACGUGAUGACUCUCUGUCGCGGUCUCGCUCACCCGUGCCUGCUCGCCCCCGUGAUGACUCUCGAGGUCGUUCAUACUCGCGAACCCCUCCGCGCCGUCGGUAA